AGCCCCUGCGAAGGCCAUUGGUUUUCAAAGUGGUUUGCAACGUGGGCCAACUUAAAAUCUAAUUAAUUUUGCCGGAGGGCUUGAUUAGGUUCUGAACCUUCAAAGCGACCUAUAAUGACAGAAGCAACUAAAGCAACAUCAGUGGCGAUAGACAUGAAGAAAAAUUCUCAAGCAGCGGCAAAUAAGUCACUCAAGUACUGGAGUCUCUUUGUCCUCACCAUUCAAAAUGCUUCAUUGAUAUUGUUGAUAAGGUAUUCGAGAAUUUUACCUGGCGAUAGAUACAUAACAAGUACAGCAGUGGUGUUAGCAGAGCUAUUGAAGGUCCUUGCAUGUCUUGGCAUCACAUUAAUUCAAAUAAAGAGCAUACCUGAAUGGGUACGAUUUUUGCAUGGCAAUAUUUUGUCACAGCCAUUAGAUACCUUAAAAGUUGCAGUUCCAUCACUGAUCUAUGUUGUUCAGAACAACUUGCAGUAUGUUGCAAUAUCAAAUCUUGAUGCAGCAACCUUUCAAGUUACAUACCAGCUUAAAAUAUUAACCACAGCUAUCUUCUCUGUGGUGAUGCUUGGCAAGAAAUUAAACCGAAUGAAAUGGGUCUCACUUAUAAUUUUGUUCUUUGGUGUUGCCAUGGUGCAGCUACAGCCUACAAAUAUUUCAACAAAGAAAACACCAACAUCAGCUGAUAGCUCACAAAAUCCACUCAUUGGAUUGGGUGCUGUAAUUGCCUCAAGUCUGUGCUCUGGAUUUGCUGGUGUUUACUUUGAAAAGAUUCUCAAGGGAACAACUGGAUCAAUUUGGCUAAGGAAUAUUCAGAUGGGAAUUUUUGGGGUUUUUCUUGGUAUAAUUGGAAUGUUUGCUAAUGACGGGGCUGCUGUGAAAGAAAAAGGCUUCCUGUUUGGUUACAAUACACUUGUUUGGAUUGUUAUUUUCAUGCAAGCAUUUGGUGGACUUUUAGUGGCUGUGGUAGUCAAGUAUGCAGAUAACAUUCUAAAGGGUUUUGCAACUUCCUUUUCUAUUAUAGUAUCCUGUAUUGUUUCAGUUUAUAUAUUUAGUUUCACUGUCAGUGUUCAGUUUUUAAUUGGGGCAUUUAUGGUUAUUUCGGCUAUAGUGUUGUAUUCUCGUCCUGAGUAGAGAAUCUCAAUGUUAUGACACAAGUUUCAAUAUACAUCUUAGCAAUUUGUUUUUGUACAUAUAUGAUGUAUCACACUCAUCAAUUAGUAUGUUUUCAUAACAUGUUUUUCUUAACACUUACUUUUCAAAAUUAAAACCCAAAAGUCUCAAAGUUAUAAUAUUUCUGGCAAUUUAUUAUAAUUAAUAUUUGUUUGUAGCUUUCCCCCUCAAAUUAGCCCCUUCCUGCUCAGAUCACCCUCUCCAUCCCCCUCAAAUAGCCAGCUCUCCCAUCAAACAGCCCCUCUUUUCCCUCAAACCAGCCCCUCAAGAAAUCUAUAUUAAGAAAGAUGGUAGCUGCACAUCCAGUAUUUUACACAAAUCAUGCAGUUGUUUUGCCAAAAUGUUCUUUAUGAAAACAUAAUAUAUUUUCUAUAGAGUUAGUAAUUUAUAACGUUUGGAAUCCCUGGCAACACUAUAACUAAAUUUGUCCUAAAAUAUUAGUAUUUUUGUGAAACAAAGUUGGUACUUAAUAUUCAGCAAGAUUUUGCAAUAGUAUAGUUGAAUUUGUUGCAACUGGGAAGUGAGACUUUAUCCUUAUGUUGCAGAGCUUAGUAAAUAGUUAUGUACCUUAAAAUAUCUUUUUUUUUGUCAAAUUGACCUAAUAUAAAAUAUAUAUGAUAUUCCAGAAUAA